AUGUAUUUAACAUGCUGAAUACACAUUUAACAUGCUACAUUUUUUACACGUUAAAUACGUGUCGUUUACGUGUUUAAAGUGUUGUUGACAUGUAAAAAAAAUUCAUGUGUUUUUGACCCUUUGGGCCUUCCAUAGUGUGGCGUGCACCUGCUCGUACAAACGUCUGACUAAACACGAGUUAUUUUUCACGCCUUGUGCUUAAAAGUUAAAAUAUACAUAGUUAUGUGUCAAAAUCAUAGACUGUAAAAAAACAUGGAUGUUGUGUCCGUGACGUCACCCGUAGACUCCUGAUGAGCGUUUUUGAAGCUCAAAGUGGGCGGAGCGGCCCGUCGUCAUCUUGGCAGCAUGUAACUGCGCGUCACUCCCGAAUAAUUGAAAAUGGGCUAAAAAUUCACCCCCUUACAGUUGCACGAAGGGCGAAAUUAACUAUAUAGACCAGUAGUUUUUGAACCAGGCUGUAAAGGUUUUUUUCUGUAAAGUUGGGAAUUUUAACAUGGAGAGUCUAUGGGAUUGACUCCCUUUUGGAGCCAGCCUCUAGCGGCCAGUCGAUGAAUUACAGUUUUAGUCACUUCCAUGCAGGCUUCACGAGAGAGAGCAGGAGGUUGCCACUCGGUCGAAAUCCCCGUCUUUUGUUCAGGAGAAGCACUGUCGUCAUGGCCUCGAUCUCGAAGUGGUACGCGGGGAAGAACGUGCUGAUCACCGGAGCCACGGGCUUCAUGGGGAAGGUGCUGAUGGAGAAGCUGCUGCGCUCCUGUCCGGACGUCAAGGCCCUCUACAUCCUCGUCCGGCCCAAAGCGGGUCAGUCCAUGUCCGAGCGCGUCCGGGACAUGAUGAAGUGUAAGGUGAGCACUCACAGGGUCACAUUUAUUCACCAUCCUUCUCUUUACAACUUGGAGAGAAAUUUUUUAAAGGUGUUUUCUGAAAAAAAAAAAAAAAAAA